CUCUUGCCCUGCCCGUCCUCCUCCUCCGGGUGGCGCUGCUUGUACACGUUCAGAUGGUAUACCUCGGCGUUAACACUCCCGUCACCGUCCCCCGCUACGCGCUCCACUUAUUCCCUUCCGGUGAGGAAUCAUUUCCGGCAGCGUCUUUGCUCAAACGAAGUGACACGGCAGUGUUGGGGCGAAGGGAAUGUUUCCUUCCGGGCUGUCAGGGAGUACGGAGCAGGAAGACGAUGGUGACCGCCGUGUCGUGGAGGAGAGUCUACUCUAGCGGCGCCGCCGCCGCCGCCGUUGGGGGAGGAGAGGGAACGGGCCCCACCGGGGCCGUAGCCAAGCGGGGCGUAUGGCAGCGGCUAGGCGCGUGGGUCCAUCGGCUCCUGCACGAUUACGCCGAGGCGUGCGCGGACGCGGCGGCGGCGGCGCGGGAGCGGCCCGUGCGGGCGGCGCUGUACGUGGGGCUGCUGGGCGGUGCGGCCGCUUGCGCCCUCCGGGCCCCGGAGGAAGCGUCCUUCGAGGAGGCGCUGCUGGACGCGUCUGGGACCCUGCUGCUUCUGGCGCCCGGCACCCGCAACCCCAGCUCGGAGGCGCACGUGCAGCGACUGCUGUGGUUGCGGGGCCGGGGCCGGCUGCGCCACCGCAGCCUGGGCCUGUGCUCGCUGCUCUACGAGGCUCCCUACGACCCCGAGGUCAGUCUGUAUCAGGCGCGCUGCCGCCACCUGCAGCCUCGCUGGGCCGACUUCCCGGGCCGCGUGCUCGACGUGGGCUUCCUGGGCCGCUGGUGGGUGCUGAGCGCCAAGAUGCGGGACUUCGACAUCAACGACGACGAGUUCCGCCACCUGCCGCCGCAUCUGCGCACGCUGGCCGAGCACCAGCUGCGCUCCGAGGCGAACGAGCGGCUCUUCGCCCAGAAGUAUCUGCCCGUGGUCCUCACGGAGGACCAGGUGGACCAGGCCCUGUGGGAGGAGCACCUCCUCCAGAAGGAGAAAAAGGACAGGCUGAUGCUGAGCGAGGCCGCCCCCGAGGAAGUCGGGGCCCAGUCGGCCGCCGGGUGAAGCCCUGCCGCCCUCGGACUGCACGGGACUGAGUGCCCUCGCUGUCUUCUUGCUCGGUGGUUAAGGGAGGGAGCUUUAGUGAAAUAAACUGUUUUUUCCUCUCUUCUCUCUC